CUAGGUACCUUAUAUUGUGGCUAUGCUUUGGGGAUGCAUUCUCCUAAUGACACAUUUAUCUACCUAAAGUAACCUGUUGCAACGCAACACGCAAGCAUAAUAUAUUAACGUAGGUACUUAGGCUAACUCGUGGAUUUCCACAGGUGACGCGUAAUUUUUAAUGACGAAGGCCAAUCUCAGCAUUUUUACAGAGGCAAAUAAAACCAGCAGGCUGCAAAGACAAGAAACGGAUUGUAAAGAAAAGGAACUUACGUAACUCGUGUACACUUUAUAUGCAUAUAUACAUUAGGUAUAUAGUUAGGUAUGUAGGUAGUACCUAUCUGUAUAACUGCAUGUACCCAAGUAUCAAGGACCUGUGAUUGGCCUCUGAAGCAGAAAAGAUUCACGUCGCUUUCUCCCUUCUCCCUGUCAACUUUCUCCCUGUUAGCUUCAGGCGCGCAAACUUCAGCCUCAUAAGCAUUUCCGAAUCUAUGACCGAAAACUUUAAUUAUACUUGUCCGCCUCAUUCAUUUUCAGCUCAGAUUAAGUAGCCAGCCAUUGCCCUACGUCUUACCUACCUAGGUACCUAUUCAUUCCGAUAUGGGUUACGACAAGUCUCCCCUAGGCGAGCGAAGAGCCUCACGAAGCGAUGGCGACGGUGAUUACGAACGCGACAGGCAGAGCCGAACUAGCCACCACAGCGAUUCUCGCCGACGCGAAAAUCAAAGAAGUCAUAGGUCUCGUGAUAGAUCUAGAAAUACAAGACGCCACCGGCGUUCCAGGUCUCCCGAUGAUGCGCUUCGCCAUAGAUCGACCUCUCCGGACCGUGACCGCGGUAGAGGCGAAAAUAGGCGACGAAGGUCACGCGAUUACGAUAGGCAUAAUGAAGGCUCACAUCGCACUCGGGCGCGGGACAACGACUACAAUCGCCGAGACAGAGGUGCCAAACAAAUAGUGAAGCGAAGCGGUCCAUUACCUUCCCAGGCUGAUUCUUUCGCUGUUACGCAAGGCGAGGAGCCACCAAAACCGAAGGAGAAGCCCAACUUUGGGAACACAGGCGCAUUGGCUGCUGCUUCAAACUCCAUCAUUCAGACAGACGGUUCCAAAAUAGUACUCAAGUACCAUGAACCGCCCGAAGCCCGCAAGGCCUCUCCGAAGGACCAGUGGAAAUUAUUCGUCUUCAAGGGCCAAGAUAUUGUCGAUACAAUCCCUCUCGGAAAUCGUAGCUGCUGGUUAGUUGGUAGAGAGUUGGCGGUUGUUGACCUGCCUGCCGAGCACCCGAGUAUCAGCAAACAGCAUGCUGUCAUACAGUUCCGCUACAUCGAAAAGCGCAACGAGUACGGCGACAAGGUUGGCAAGGUAAAGCCGUACUUAAUCGACCUGGAGAGUGCCAAUGGAACCAUGCUCAACGGAAAGAAGGUACCCGAAAGCAGAUAUCUCGAACUUAGAGAGAAGGAUAUGAUCCAGUUCGGUCAGAGCACACGAGAGUAUGUUCUAAUGCUUGCUCCGAAGGACUAAACCUUAGGGAUCCAAACAAAGAGCACAGCCUCGCGUGCCAAUUCAGUGUGGUAUAUCGUUGUUACGCUACACUGUGUAACUGUUGCCCAAGUCCCUCGACCGGGGCGCACGAUGAUGUUUUCUCUUCCAUCAUAUCUCCGCCUUCGGAGGAAUGCUAGAAUGGGCUUAUGUAACCAUCCGGAGUCGCCUUGACUUUCUCGGAGAAGAUCAAGGAGGCUAUCGUCGGUAUGGGUUAGUGAGGCAGUACCCCUUUAUUGAUGUUACACACCAAAUCCGCCCCUGUCGAAGUU